CCAUUAUGGCGACGACUGAGGAGGAGUUUUGAUGAUUACAUAUUUACAUGCUAAACAUGUGAUGUUAACUUAAAAGAAGUAGAAAAACAUGAACCGGCAUCAGGUCCUAACGGGUGCAUGUAAUCCUGGUGAUCAGUGCUAUGCUGUAGGAAGCGUUGAAGGCAUACAUUUCACGGCCUAUGCUGCUGGAUGUGAUAUUGUUAUUCUAGCCAGUGAUUUCCAGAGAGUACAGAUCAUUCCUGGUGUAACCCAUGGUAACAUAAAGGUCAACUGUAUAGAUUGUUCUACAGAUUCAGGGAAGAUUGCAGCAUCAUACAAAAGUAAAGUGUACAUCUUUGAACCAACACCAUUAUUACACCAUGAAAGUACACAUGAAGAGGAUGAGUGUACUAUUCAUCCACAUAAAUUGGACUAUCAGUGGUAUCAGACAGCAUCGUUUGAAGCAGAAAGUUUGAUUAACUGUCUUAGCUGGAAUCUUGAAGGAUCCCGUCUUCUGACAGGAGGUGAUGUUAUCCAGAUCUGGCACCUAGACCAUGAGCAGCAUGAUGAAGAAAACAAAGGGGUUAAGUUUUCUGUGGGAGACCAUGAGGAGGAGGGGAAGGUACACCAUCUUUAUGAUGAAGAUUCACUUCCAGUGUGGGACUGCAUCUGGAGAAUCAAACCAGCUACUCCUGUAUAUUUCCUGAAGUACUCUCAUGAUGGGCUGUUGUUUGCCUCUGCUGGACAGAAUGAUCGUUUAGUAAAGAUUUGGUAUGAGGACAGAAAAAUAUCCUUUGCAUCAACCUUAGCAAGAGGAGACAGUUUAAUAAGUCCUAAGAAAGAAGAGCUUCAUUAUUCCUUUGUAUAUGUGGCACACCCUAGGACAGUGACAGGAUUCUCGUGGAGAAAAACUAGCAAAUUUAUGCCAAGAGGAUCUGUUGCUAACAUGUUGGUAUCUUCUUGUGCUGACAAUGUCUGUCGACUCUGGAUAGAGACAGUGCUCCCUGAUGAUGGAUUAGUGGAUUUAGAACAGUUUGAUCCUAGUGCGUCAUUUGAUCCUAAAUACCAUACACAUAGACAUAAGAAACGUUUCAUGCAAAGAUUGAAGACCAUCAGAAGCAGUUCAAAGUUCACACCAAAUAAAAUUAAAGAGGUAGCAAAGAGUGUCAAACCAGAAAAGAUAUCAGAUAUGUCUUCCAUUGCUGAAACUAUUUCCGACAGCGAUAGUUAUGUCUGUAUCUCCGAGCCUGAUUCUUUAGACAGUGCCGAUAAUCAGUCGGUGUUCAGUGACACAUCCACAACACCAUUAUCACCAGUCAGAAAAUCAUCAAUGGAUUCACCGACUUCUCCUAAUCAGAUAACAUCAAUUAACUCCGACUAUGUUGUUGAGCAAAAUAAAUCUGACAUUUCUGAUUCCACAAAACUGUUUAGAAUUAGACCUAAAAGGAGUUCCUCUGCUGACUCUAAAAAAAGAUUAUCAAUUGAUUCAAAGAGGAAGUCUGCUGACUUUUCUGAUACCUUCACUCAAAAGACUAGGUCUUUAGGCAACAGGGCUAGGCUGUCAUUAGGAAAUUUUGAACAGGGUGGCUCAAGUACACCACAGUAUUCAAUGUCAGCCAGAAGCUUGUUCCUCAGUAAAACUGAAGCCACAAUGUCAAGACAUGCCAUUCACAAGAGAAGGAAGCACCACAAGUUUGGACCAGAAACAGUAAUGAGUGUACCACAUUUAGACAGUAUGGGUAGUUCUCAAAGUGUCCAUGACUUUCAUAAGUUUGCCAUUCAUCAGAAUGGAGUGUGUCCUACUCUACAUUUCCAUUUGGCAGGAAGUAUUAACCCAGAAACAGAUAUACCACUUUUACCAGUUGUCAAUACAGAUGGUGAUGUCCAACACAACUUUCAGCUUCACUGGUUGAACAAUAAAGAGUUACAGUUUACAAUGGAGGCUGAAACCAUACUCCAAGAAAUGCAUAAAGGCACCAUGUAUGAGGGACAGAUGGAUAAUCAUGACUUUAACAUUGGGUCAGAUAGUGACCCUUAUUCAGGUCAUGACCCUGAUGACCAGGUCGAUAUGGAUGUUAAUUCAAAAAAGAAAAAGAAAAAACAUUCAAAAAAGAAACAUAAAUUGAGAAAGGAGGAAUUAAAACUUGGAACUAAUUCUGAGAGCACAGCCAGUAUACACUCGACUGAUGGCUCUGACGGAACAGGAAGUACCCCAACUUCACCUGAGGUAUCAGGUUCAGUGAUAGAUGCUUUAGACAGGAAGAUAGAAGGACUACUGAGAGACUGGCACCAAAGUCCUGAUAUGUUAUUUAGUAUACAUCCUAUAGAUGGUAGCUUUCUUGUAUGGUUAGUGGAUUGGUUGGAUGAGUAUAGUCCAUAUUGCUUUCGACAGGCCCAAGUCAGCUUUUCUUCUCGUUUGCCACAUGCUUUCCCUGUAGCUGAUGCUAGGACAAUGGCGACUAACUUGAUGUUAUAUUGUAACUAUAGUAAAAUGGAUAUCAAAUCAGCAAUGAGGCUGACAGAGAGUAGAUUAAGUUCAGAGAAAAUCCCAUCACAACCUGCACCUGCCUCAGGAAAAAGCUCUCCUGGACAGAAUGAUAAUAUGCUGAUUCCAAACGUUUUAAUGAUCUCAAAACAUUUUAAUGGAAGUCUAAACCAAUGGCAAAUAAGUUUUUCUGAUACUUCAAAAUUUUCCACAGUGGUUAGUGUGGCACAUGCCUCUAGAGCUUGUGGCCAUAGAUUUAGGACUAAUAAUGCUGCAUGCCACCCUGUAUUACCAUUACUGUUGACCACAUCCCAUCACAAUGUUCCAAUCAAAGAUAGUAGGGAGAAUUUAGAAACCACAGAAGAAGAUGAUAAGAAAGGGAACAUUGAGUUUUGUAGUGAGUUAAUAUUAUGGAGGGUUGAUCCUGUUGGCCCAUUAUCAAAAUCAGGUGGCAUAGUUGAGCUAGCCAGGAUUAAUGCCCCAGAUAUUUCUGCUUUUAUAGAUGUGGCCUGGGUGCCAACACUGCUUCCAAGCUCUACAUUAGGAACCUAUAGUAACUCACCCAGUGCUUUGUUUGUAGCCUCUGAUGGAGCUUCUUUAAAGAUGUAUCAAGCUGUGAUAGAUGCCAGAACCCUUCUCUUAGAUCAACAAUCAACAAAACGGGAGCCAGGGAUGAGUUUUUCUAGUAAUACCAGCUCAGGUUACAGUAUAGAACCUCAGAGGGCCCCCGGGGAAAUGUUUAACAUCAUAAGUCUUCAAUCUUCAGCCAGACCAGGAUGUAUUAUAGAACUAGAACCUCUAGCUGAUGCAAAACAGAACUGGCAGAAAACCCAACUUUUACAUGUCUUUCAAGAGCAGUUAUUGACAGGAUCACCAAGUGGUUCAAUUGGUAAUUUGGAAGCUAUUGUGGAUCUCAGUAAUUCUGGAAAUUUCUCUGAGAACUUUUAUUUGGUGGUUCUUCAAAAAGAUGAAGUAAACCAUGGAUCAACACUUCAUAUGUGGAAAAUAACCAUUUCUUCUCAACUAGAAGCACAAAAUUCUACAGAAGGUGGUGAUCCCAAAAGGAGUUAUGUACCAGAUUAUAGUUAUGUGGAUGAUGAUGGUUCUAAUCCACCAUCCAGAAGUUCCACUCCAGAACACUUUUCAUCUAAGCCCAUGGCUGUUGUCAAAUUGUGUUUCUCAACAGCAAAGGUGUACACACAGAAGCUACCAUUACCAGAUGAUGUGGAUAUUGUCUCUGCAGAAAUAGCAGCAGGACACCUUAGUUCAGCUUCAAUUUACCCAGCAUGCUUAGCUCCAUAUCUCUUAGUAACAGCAUGUUCAGAUGGAACUCUUCGAUUUUGGAGGUGUGAUUUAACUACAAUAGAGCCAGUAUAUUCUGGACAAAGUUUGUCUCAUACCAGUCACAGUGAACUGAAUAUGAGUACUGUAAGCUUUGAAUAUACAAUGGAAGAAUUUUGCAUUUCCAAGAAACCAUCCAUUUCUACCUUCACAAGGUCAGAGGUUACAGAUAUCAGCUAUGAUUGGUGUGAAUGGAAAAUGAUGACCCAGGCUGAUGACUCAAGUGCAGUAUAUAUACCAGGCAAACCAAUAGCUGUAAGCUGUGCCUACAGUGGUAGAUUGGCUAUAGCCUACAGAAUGGGAAGUGUCAAAACCAAGACUGAUAAGUCCAAAGGAAAAAUGGUCAACUUGUAUGUGGCAAUAUAUGAAUGUGAAUCCACAGGUGGAUCAGAAUGGCUUUUAGAAGAUACAAUAGAACUUAAAAACAUUAAUGUACCAGAAAAUAACCCUGAAAUAGAUUUAGACUGUAUCUAUACUCCAAACAGUCCUCCUUCAACCACUCUUGAAAUAACGGAAGAGGACAAGAACAAAGGGAUGUCCCCGUCUGCUUCACUUGUUAACAUGAAUCGUUUAACACAUGUCCCUAGCAUGAGUACUAUAUUUAGUGUUAAAAAAACAUUAUCAGCACAAUGUGAUAACCAUGGUAUCCUACAACAGAAACAACUUGUACAGUUAGACUGGGUCUCAACUGAAGAUGGGUCACAUAUACUAACAGUGGGGGUGGGGUCUAAAAUUCUCAUGUAUGGACAAGUGUCAAAUGAUAUAGUUCAAUCAUGUCAGAAAGCUAAACAAAGAGAAAAGAAACAAGAGGGUGGAGUAAAAUCUAGUCACGGAUUCAUGGAUGCCUCUUAUCGACGUCAGAACUUUGUAAAAUCCAAGUCUAUAAUGAUUACUAAUAUACACGAAGAUAUUCAAUGGAUGAAGUUACGAUCAAUAGAACUAACAACAGCAGAUGGAUUACCUCCCCUGCCUAUGCAUUUAUCCUGGGUAAGAGGAGGAAUUCUGGUUGUGGGCAUGGACAAUGAAAUGCAUGUGUAUUCCCAAUGGAGGAAUUCGGCUAAGAAUACGGAUGUGAGUGAAGCUGAUUUUGAUAAGAGGACACUUGAUGAUGCUAGUUUGACCGUCUAUAGUCUAAAUAGUCUACAAUCUUCAAAAUCAGUUGCUAAGCUGAAGCCAUCUUAUUCCAUGCCAAGUUUUAAACAUCUUAACAAUCUGUCUCGUAAAAGUUCUGAUGCAAACCUAUCCAAAUUUAAUUUGAGUAAAUCUAAAAGUGAAAGUACUACUAGCCUCUCUGUGAUACAAGAAUUUGGUUUAUUUGAAGCAUAUCGUAUUGCUAAUCCUGUUUUACCACAAUACCAUCCUAAAUUACUCAUGGAACUAUUGAAUUCUGGGAAGACAAGACGAGUAAAGGCUAUUCUGUCUCAUUUAGUGCGGUGUAUUUCUGGAGGUGAUUGUUACCUUGAUUCGGAAGAGCAGGAUGAGAACCGUUUAACCAAACCAAGGACAGUUUCUGUCAGUGGUGGCAGUCCUGUUGAGGUACCAGUCAUUCAGGAAGAGACACAGUUAGACUACAAAGAGAUCUCCUCUAUCCCAGCUCUUCCUAUGUAUGCAUUGCUCGCUGCUGAUGAAGAUAACACUGUGGCCCAAGCUGAGAUGAUUAAUGCCCCUUCCACAAAUGUACCCAACCAAGAUUAUACCAAUUUGUUUGACACAAAUAUAAAUGAUGAAGAACUUAAUGUUGAUGUUUUCUCAACCAGUCCAGAAAACACUGCCACUAGAAAAAGAAUUCCAUCAUCUUCACAAGGGUACCAGAAACCAACAUACUUUGGUGCAGGUCACUCACGUUUAUUAACCCAACACUUAACCCAUACCCAGUUACCCGGUCUGACAAGUCUGGACCAGAUGUACCUGUUAGCUCUGGCUGAUACAGUAGCUCAUACUAAAACAGACUUUGCUGACAGAUUUGAGGCUGAAAGUAAAUCAGAUCAACAGGCAGCAGGAACAGCAGAGAGUAUAGAUGAUUGUGGCUUGAGAUUUCUUCUGGCUAUCAGACAUCAUAUCUACCUGAUUAGAACUCUACCACCAGUACAGAGAGCCAUGCUACGUCAGCAGGGACUUAGAUCAGCUAGUCUGGUCUGGGCAUACCAUUCAGAAUCAACAGAGGAGUUAUUGUCAUAUAUACCUAGCAUGCAGAAAGGGGAGCCAGUAUGGGCUGAACUGAAGGAAUUUGGAGCUGGUUGGUGGAUAAAUAAUAUUAACAUUUUAAAAAGAACAAUGGAAAAGGUAGCCAAAGCAGCAUUCCAAGCCAACAAGGAUCCAAUGGAUGCAGCAAUAUACUAUCUAGCCAUGAAGAAAAAAAGUGUCCUCUGGGGCUUAUAUAGGUCACUGAGUAACAAGAAGAUGGUAGAUUUCUUCAAACAAGACUUUGAUCAGGAUAGAUGGAGAAAAGCAGCUUUAAAAAAUGCAUUUGACUUGCUUGGAAAACAAAGAUUUAGCCAUGCUGCAGCAUUCUUCUUGUUAGCGGGUUCUCUUAAUGAUGCUAUCGAGGUAUGUGUGAACAACCUGAAUGACAUCCAGUUAGCAUUAGUAAUAUGUCGAUUGAAUGGUGGAGAGGAUAUGUUACCAGACAGUGUUAAAGAAAUUCUCUACACUCAGAUUCUUGGUUGUGAUAAAAAUGGUCAUAAUUAUGACAUUGAUAGAAUGUUUAUUGAUCCGUUCCUUAGGAGUAUGUCAUUAUGGUCUAUGAAAGAUUUCAGAGGCUCACUAAACACUUUAUUACAAGAUGCAAGAAAACCAAGUAAAAUUCUCCGUAAUACUGAUACAGAUAGUGUUAAUUCUCUUCCAAGUGUGUUUAAUUUCUACAAUUAUUUACGAACUCAUCCAUUACUUGUUAGACAGAGAAUGGCCAAUGCUGGAACUGAGAUGAGAAAAAAAAGCGUUAUUCCUGGAUUUACUCGACAACAGACUGUUGUCCUUGACGACAGUUCUUUAGUUGUUGAUAAAGUAACUCCAUUAGAAAGACGCUUGUUUUUCACAACUGCUCAUACUCAUUAUAAAAACGGCUGUCCAUUGCUAGCUUUAGAAGUCUUAUCAAAACUACCUCCAGUUAUAGAGAAUGCAUCCUCAAAAACCUUGAGGGAUUUUGUUCCUGUCUCCUCUUCUGCUGCCAUAGAAACAGGAACAAUAGACCCUUUUAAUCAAGAGAGUGAACAAACUAAUAAAUCAGACAGUCUUAAUUGGGGUCAGCCUGUUACCAAUGGUUACAAAGACACUAAGAGUAGUGUAGACUGGAGUACACCAAUAAGUAAAAAGGUUGAUAGUUCUGAUACUAUCGACUGGGGUGCACCUUCUCUCAAGUUUGACUUGGAGGAACCGAAAUUUGAUCUGAGUUUUAGUUCUGAGGAAUCUGAUACAGAGUCAGAUUUAAAAGAACAGAAUGGUGAGGAGGACAAAGUAAUAAAUGAAGUUCCAUCUGUUGUGGUAGAGGAGCAGAAGGAUUCUAAGGAGCAAGGGUCCAAAGGUCAUCAAAAGAUUGAUAUUUUUGCUCAACAGUAUGCUUUUAUUGCAUGUCUUAAAGUACUGAUGGAAGAAAUGCAGACUUUAGCAACUGGUUUUGAAGUGGAUGGUGGACAGUUAAGAUUUCAGUUGUACAUCUGGCUUGAAAAAGAAGUGGAAGUUCUUCAAUUUCUUAGUAACUAUGGCAACAAAGAUCAUACAGCUGCUGACAUUGUAUCACCUGUAACAUCAAAACCACCAGAAAGUCCUUCAGACUAUGGGUUUGAGGACCAGCCCUCAUUAGAUGUACCUACCAGGCCAGCAAGGUCUAUGUCUGUACGAUCCGAUUCUUCAUACAAACCAACAUUACAUGAGGUUAUCUUAGCAGAGAAGAUGGACUUCCAAUCCAAGUUAGAGAGAAUGGCAAACAGAAAACAGUGGUUAAAAACACAUCAACAAUUGUUACGUACCCUAGCUAGUUAUUGUAUGUUACAAGGGGCCGGUGGAGGAGGAUUGGCCUCAGUUCAGAUGGAACUACUGCUGUUAUUACAGGAGAGCACACGACAACAGGAAUUACAACAAGAGAAAACACAGCAGCAGUUAUUAUCUCCCUUGCCAUUCCCUACAACACUUCCUUUACUGUCAGCAGCCAUUGCUAGUUCUAAAACUGUGAUAGCAGAUCCUAUCCAGCACAUACAGUGUAUGUCCCAGGAUCUCCUGCAUUCUGUCAUAGAGAUAGUGGCUCCACCUGGUGUGGAUAGUGCAAUAAACACUAUAUUUACGAUGAGAAAUUUGAGUAUAGCAUUGUCGUCAUGUAUAUAUCAAUGUUUGUGCGACUGUGAUAGUUUUGUUGUGUCGCUGAAGGAAAGUAAUGAUGCUAGUCUUGAAGGUUUUACUAGUCAUAAUUUUACCAGUAGUCAAGCAGGUCAUUUAAUGGCCGGAGUACAGAAGUAUAGAAGACGAUCAAAUACAGGGGAUGACAUUAUUAAUACCUCACCUGUCAAAUGGCCAGGUGUGACAUCUCUAAGAGUGUUGUUAGCCAGAGAGAAAGAUGAGGUAGCACCAAAGUUAAACAUCCUCCUAUGUGAGUCUAUGUUAGCUGUCUAUAUCAGCCUUCUAGUCAAUGCCCUGGCAGCUUAUGAUUGCCACAUGUUGUACAGGCUGGUGGCACAUAGAUUUCAUCAACAGUUAUGGGCAGCUUUGUUUGGGGGAGGAGUUAAAACAGCUUUAAAACUGUCGUCGGGAACACCAUUACCUCGAGACUCUGACAUUUACUCAGAUGCAGAGGAUGAUGAACUGUCGAGACAGAGAAGGAGGUUACAUAAUAAAGUCCUGGGUCCACAUGUGCCAACAAAGGAAAAGACAACUUUCAAAGAAACGUUUCUACCACCAGAACUCAGUAUGAUUACAUUCUUCAUGACAAAGCCAUUUACAACAGGCUCUGGGUAUGGAGAAUUUAAUUAUGAUUCAGAGGAGUCUUUGUCUUCAGAAGAGGAAGAUUUAUCAGAAGAAGAAGAUGAAGAUGAUGAUACAUCAAUGAGACCUAAUACACUAAAUUUUUCAGCAGCUGUACAACAGCAUACAGAUCCAAAUUCAUAUUCAUGGUGCUUAAUAAGAUAUACAAUUGUUAAAUUGGUGCUAAACAACCUGUUAUCAUUCCUUCCAUUGAUUGGUAUAGAAUUACCAGAAUUACCAGUGUGUUCACCAUUAAUGCAUGCUGUAUUUAAAACCUUAGAACAGUGGUUAGAAAUGCUGCUGAGUAAAUUAGACAUGUUCUCUGGUCCACCAGAUGAGUUCUUGUCGUCCACUGCAUUAGAUACAGUCCAGGGACAACCACAUUCCAAGUACCAGGCUCUACUUAAUACCAAUAAUACACCAUUUAUUGAUAAUAAUACAACAUUAGCUAUUAAAAGAUUAUGGUUCCAUUUAAUAAGACAAGAAUGUUUGAAAGAAAUAUUUCUGAGAUAUGUGUUUGGCAAACGGAAAAUACAGCACCAUGAUUCAAAAGGAGAGCACAGUCUACAAAGUGAUUCAUUAGAUAGUAGAAUAAAAGAACCAAUGAAAAUCAUCCAUAAAGAACAAGAUAUUAUAACAGCCUUUGCAAUAAAUCAGAUACAAGGAUCAAAUCUUUUCCAUUUUGAAAAAGAAGAUUUGAAAACAGCUAAUUCCAACUGUUUAGCAUUAUCAACCCAGAAAGAAAUCAUUGAGUUGGAUGUUGGUCCAGUGAUAAACCCACCAGUCUGGUUAGAAGAUGAGAACGAGAUGGACAUUGAACAGUUUAAAAAUCCAGACCAAGGUACCACAGGGGAGAUUGUAGACUUCUAUGUAGUCCAAACCCAUUCAGAUGGGCAGUCUCAAGGAAACUCAAGCCCUCAAACAGGAGCUUCAACUCCUACAUCUGGUGUUCAGUCAACCAUGACAGGGAGAUCAACAAACAUGGGUAAAAGUAUACAUAUACCAGGGAUAACCAACCCACAAUUCUCACAAAAAAUUUUGGACAGAAGUCGUCGUCUACUUAAAACGAUUCUGAGAAGACCUGUAGCUGGUGUUAGAAGAAUAGGAUCUCAUCCAAAUCUACCUCACUAUCUAACUGGCAGUACAGAUGGGAGUGUUAGAUUGUAUGAAUGGGGUCAUAUUCAACCAUUAGCUAUGCUUAGACAGCCAGGAACUUUCCCUAAAGUCACCAAAGUUAUGUUUAGCAGUCAAGGAAACAAGUGUUGUGUAAGUGACAGUGAAGGAGAUGUAUGUCUCUGGCAGGUUGGACUUGGAAGUAACUUUAACAAGCCAAUUAUGAGCUUGAAAUGCCACAACAAAACAACAAGUGAUGUGGCUUUUGUUGGAUCUUCCAGUUUGAUAGCCACUGGUGGCCACUCAUCUGAAAGUAGGAAUGUGUGUCUAUGGGAUACACUGUUACCACCCAGAAGUUCUUGUGUCCAUGCUUUUACUUGUCAUGAGCAUGGCUGUCCUGCCCUAGUAUAUGCACCUCAUCACCAACUACUGAUCAGUGGUGGAAGGAAAGGAGAGAUUUGUAUCUUUGAUAUCCGUCAACGACAGUUACGUCAUACAUUCCAGGCCCAUGAUGCAUCAAUAAGAUGUCUGGCAAUAGAUUUAGAGGAGGAUUACUUUGUGACAGGGUCAUCAGAAGGAGAUGUCAAAAUUUGGGCAUUAGAUGCACAUCAGUUGAUUUUAUCAUUCCAAGGAGAGCAUAGUAAAAGUACGUUCUUCAGAAACAUGGGAUCAGCAUCUGGAGUGACACAGGUGGCUGUUAGUCCAGGACAUCAUCUCUUCUCAUGUGGUGUGGAUGGAUCAAUGAAGUUUAGAGCUCUGCCAGAAAGAGAUUCCAUUGUUAGAUACUGGACAUCUUAGCAUAUAAUAGAUCAAUGAUAUUCAGAGCUUUCUAGUCUUUAAUAUAUAUAAUGCAUGUAUUUGUUUUCUCCAUCAAACAGGAUUCAUAAUAAGAAAUAUGCAUAGUGGCAUAUCUUUAGAAGCUUCUCAUUUUUUCAGGCAUAAUAAAAUAUUUUUUUACAUUCUUAUGGAAAUGACAUAAGAGUCAAACUUUUUAACAUUACGUUACAUUUAUGUAAUUCAUAAUUUGAAAAUCUUUCUGAAUAACUAUUAAAGUUUUUUUUACCUUAUUAUGUUUUGUUAAUAGAACAAUUUAUAAUCAAAUACCAAACAUUGCUUUGUAAAUGUUCCAUGUUAAAUAUUUAAAUCAUGAGAAUAAUUAGAUGUAAUAGAUAAUACUUAUUAUUCAAUUGCAUAUUGAAUUUCAUAGCAAAAACAACAUUUGACUGGUUGAAACUAUCACAUGUGAUGUCUAACAAAACAUUACAUUCCCCUCUGAGUUCAUUUUCCCCUCCAAGAAUUAUACUCCCCUCUGAACGUCGGGAUUGCCUUGUGCGACAUUAUCCGCGGUUAAUAUUCAAAUAAAACAUGUUGAUAGGGUUUAUUUUCAAAAUGAUUUAAAAUUUUAAAACAAAUGGAAAAGAAUAAAUAAUUAAUUAACUUUAAAUUGGUACUGAUUAUCAUUGUGUAUGUCGUGAUUAGUGAUUAGUUAUAAAACAUAACAAAUAAGAAAUCAAUUAUGUAAAUUUAAUAUUCAGUAGUAAAAGAAAGUAUAGGCAAUGGAAUAAAACAUUCAUUUCCCUUGGCUUCGUGAGAUAUGAAGAUUUGUUCACCCUCAAAAAGUCAUAUUUCCCUAGGGCAGUGCCCUCUUGAAAUAUAAUAUUUCUUGGGUGAACAAAUCUUCAUAUUUUCUUAAGGCAAGGGAAAUAAAUGUAUAUUAUCACCUUAGCAUAUGAUGACAACUUUUUGGCUCUUAGCAUCACCUUAGCAUAUGAUGACAACUUAUUGACUCUUAGCAUCACCUUAGCAUAUGAUGAAAACAGUUGUCAUGUAUCAUUCUGUGUUUUAAAGAGCUGGUACUUGCAGAUCAUAUGUGUUUAAAAAAAAUAUAUUUACUUUGCCUUCUUGAGGAAUCCAGACAUUUGUUUUGAAUUGUAGCCAUGAAAACAAAGUUAUUGCAAAUACUCUGUACUGGUAUGAUCUAUCUUUCAAUCUAUCCUUGAAUCAUGUUCCAAUGUUUCAAACAAGAGAAUAUAUUUCUUGAAGGAGAAUUAUAGGGGACCAGUAUUAUUCACGUUACUUCUACUUUAUAUUGACUCUCAAUAAGAUAGGGUUUAAAGCACUGCAUUUUGUGAAUAUUCAAUUUUAACUAUGACAGUAAAUACUAUAUAUAUAUAUAUAGUAUUUACUGUCAGAGUUAAAAUUGAAUAUUUACAUAUAUAUAUAUAUAUAUAUAUAUCAUUUCUAAUCUUGCACAUGAAGAUGAAAUUAUGGGUGAUGUUAUUUUUUAUAUGUACUCAUUACAGUUGUCGUUUUAUUAGGUAUUUCCUUCAUGUUUUGUUCUAUAAAUGCUGAAUAAAGUUUUAUGUAAGUGAUAACCAAAAAUCUUGCAACAAAUUCUUUUUAAUAAUUGUGUGUGGGAAAACCACAGGGUUAUCAAAUGGCUGGAACCAUGACCCCCAGUAAGGAUGAAUAUUGUAAAGCUCUUAUAAUGUUGAUGUUAGAAUAUAUAUGUAAUUAUGAUAAAUAUCAAUUUGUAUGUAUGGGCAAAUUUUGAUUUAAUGCAUCAUGUAUGUGUUGUCCUAUAUAAUUACCUUGAAACAUUUAAUAUAAUAUCAACAAUGGUCAGAUGCAGUUUUGUUAUACUAGAUCAGUUCCUUGAAUGAGUUAUAGAAAUUAGUUACACUUCUAUUCUUCCCUACGCCACUACCUGCAUGAGUGAACACCUUGUAAAUAGUACCAGAGUUUACAAGUUGAAUAGGAGUGGAAGAUAAAAUUGUAGGUGUAAAUAUUGUUUUAAUUUAUUUCAUUGUCAUUUUGUGUAUGAAUGACUUAUGUUGUAUUAUGGUUUGAAAGGGUAACUUAGUACAUAAUAUUUUUUGAAUCUACGGUCUUUAGAAUGACUUAUGAUUGAUUAUGUGUUCAAAUUAAAUCUUUUAAAUUCCUACCAAUUUUAAUUCAGAUUUGAAAUGUUUCUGAUAUAUUUAUAUUCAUAUGUGUUUAUUGUCAAAUCCGUUGUGGUUUCAUAUCUGUAAUGAGUUACCCUGAUGCAUUAACAAGUUAUCCAUUCUUAAUUAUUCAUUUCAUCAAAUUUAUUAUAUGGUCAUGAUGUAAAUAAUGAUUUGAACAGAAUAAUAUUCUUUAUUUAAUAAGAAAGAGGGAUAACAAAAUAUAUAUACUGUUUUAGUUAUUGCAUGCAUCUUGGACAAUUCUAUCUUUUAAAAAUAAAAAAGUGUCAACUGCAUUUAAUUGUUGGCGAGAUAUAUUAUUUUCCAACCCCUCCAUUAACCCUUUUAUUGUAUGUUUAAAAUGUCCAUCCUUAUACAUCAUGUGAGGUUUUAUGCAUAUUGCAGCCUUACUCUCUCGAUCUACUGGGAGAAAGAGUUACAAUAGUCUCUUUAAAUGCGUUUAAAUCUGUCCAAAGUGAAAGAGUAUUUCAGAAAUUCAGACCUCUAGAAUUACAGCCUUAUUUAAUUGUUCCUGAUUUAAACAAAAGUUUCAAUAACCUUAGACUUAAGUUAUAUCCAUUUUGAUGUCUAAAUUUGUGAUAUUUGUUGUGUUGGUGAUACACCUAUUUGUUAUGUCCAUUCUAUUCUUACAAGGCUGUGUGUCUAUACUAUUAUCAUAUAGCUCUCUAUAAAUUAUUACAUAGCUGUAUGUUCAUACUGUUAUAUAUAUAUAUUAGAUUUGUUUUGUUUUGUCCUUGCUGUUAUUGUGUAUCUGUGUUAGAUUUUAAAAGGAAUUCCAUAACUUAGAAAUAAUUGAUUUAUCUUGAUGGAUUUGUGCACAAAUAUAUGUAGUGAUAUUUUAUUGAAUGUGUAUGAAUAUAAUUUAAUUUAAUUUAAAAUCAGCAAUAAAAUGAGAACUUGA